CUCCACUCCCACUUCUCAAUUCAAUUCAAUUCAAUUCAAUUCAACUCAACUCAAUUCCUUGAUCCUUUGAAUCUUCCCAAAUCCACCAUUGAUUAACCCCUCGCGAAGUGAUCCAAUUCUCGCCACCCUCACAUUCGCUUCACGCAAAUCCAAAUCUCUGCGUUGUGUGCGAGGAGAGUAGGGGUGGUGGUUUUGGAAUGACAUUUGUGCUGCAAUGAAGGCGAUAGCGUCGGCGAUGGCUAAUGGCGGCGACAUCCGGAGGGCGCACAUGGCCAUGGCCUUGGUCCAGCUCUUCAACGGCGGCUACCACGUCAUCACCAAGGUUGCGCUCAACGUCGGCGUCAAUCAGCUCGUUUUCUGCGUCUACCGAGACCUCCUCGCGCUCUCCAUCCUCGCCCCAAUCGCUUACGCCCGUGAGAAAAGGAUAAGACUGCCACUUAAUAGACGCCUUAUAGUGACCUUCUUCUUUCUUGGUUUGACUGGUAUUUUUGGGAACCAACUACUGUUUCUUGUUGGUCUUGGCUACACGAAUCCAAGCUAUGCUGCAGCUAUACAGCCUGCUAUUCCAGUCUUCACAUUCAUAUUGGCUCUAAUGAUGGGUACAGAAACUCUGAAUUUACAGAAGACUGAAGGCCAAGCAAAGUUGGGAGGAACUCUUGUUUGUGUAUCUGGGGCAAUUCUUAUGGCUAUGUUCCGCGGCCCAGCUGUGUUUGGAUACAAGGAAUUAGAUUUUGCUGCACAUAGUGAAAUAAGUGCCAAGGGUCAGCCAGAACCAGCUGGCUGGAUAAUGUCUACUUUUAUUGAUUUGGGGUUCGAUAAUUGGCACCUGGGAGUUUUAUGCUUAAUUGGGAACUGCAUGUGUAUGGCUACUUAUCUGGCAAUUCAGGCUCCACUUUUAGCCAAGUAUCCUGCAAGUAUAUCAGUGACAGCAUAUUCCUACUUUUUUGGUGCUCUGUUUAUGGUAAUGACUGCCUUUUUUGUGACAAAUGAAUCAACAGACUGGAGUCUAACACGAUCUGAAGCUUUUGCUGUAUUAUAUGCUGGAAUCAUAGCAUCUGCAUUGAACUAUGGACUUUUGACAUGGUCAAAUAAAACCCUUGGUCCGGCCAUGGUUGCACUGUACAAUCCGCUUCAACCUGCAGCCUCAGCUUUUCUGUCAAGAAUGUUCCUUGGAAGCCCGAUUUACUUAGGAAGCAUUUUGGGAGGAUUUCUGAUUAUAGCUGGGCUUUAUUCGGUAACCUGGGCAUCCUACAGAGAAAGACAGGUAUCCCUGGUAAGUUCUCCUCAUGCACCUUGGUCACCUGAGGCCCAUGUUGACCGGGAUUUACCAAUCAACAAGAUCUCCUACCAGCUAGGUAACAUGUUCUCCGGAUCGUCGACUUCUAUACCAAAGAUUGUGGAUUAGCUUAAAAUUAUGAUACCAUUAUAGGUUUUCCUUUUGAUGGAUGUUCCAUUGCAUGGAAACCACAAUUUUCGGGAUAUGUAUAUUGUACUAUGUGUAAGUGCAAUGUAACAUUCUUUCGAACUGAAUGUGCUCACUUUUUCUGUCUACA